UGUACUGGAGUGAUCGCAACGAGAUCGCGGAAGCGAAGCAAGGAGAGACUCUUCCAGCAGUAUAUUUUUGCAGACAAAAAGAAGACGGUUGUAAACACCAAUAUUCAAUCAAAAAUGGUUUUAUCAUUGAAGAAAGUUCUCAUUAGUGAUGCAUUGUCACCACUUUGUGCUCAAGUUCUAGAAGCAAACGGCAUCAUUGUAGAAACAAAAACAAAGUUGUCUAAAGAAGAGUUGAUCGCCGAGAUACCGAAUUAUGAUGGCUUGAUUGUGCGUUCGGCCACAAAAGUUACAGCAGAUGUCAUUGAUGCGGCUACCAACCUGAAGAUAAUCGGCCGUGCUGGAACUGGCGUAGAUAACAUCGACAUUCCUGCUGCCUCAAGAAAGGGAAUUAUUGUGAUGAAUACACCUGGAGGUAACACAAUCAGUGCUGUGGAGCACACCUGUGCAAUGAUGUGCGCACUCGCAAGGCAUAUUCCACAAGCCCAUAUGUCGAUGAGAGAGGGAAGAUGGGACCGAAAGCUAUACAUGGGAACAGAACUUCAAGGCAAGACUCUUGCUAUCGUAGGCCUAGGCAGGAUAGGUCGGGAAGUGGCAACCCGAAUGCAGUCUUUUGGCAUGAAGACCAUUGGAUUUGACCCUUUGGUGUCUGCAGAGGAAGCUGAGGAGUUUAAUGUCAAGUGGCUGACAGUUGAUGAAAUUUGGCCCCUAGCUGAUUACAUCACUGUGCAUGUUCCGCUCAUCCCUCCCACUAAAGGUAUGUUGAAUGACACAACCUUUGCAAAGUGUAAGAAAGGUGUUCGUGUUUUGAAUAUUGCACGGGGCGGUAUCUAUGAGGAAGAGGCUAUCAUUCGUGCAUUGGAUUCUGGUCAAUGUGGGGGCGCUGCUCUUGAUGUAUUUAUGGAGGAACCACCUAAAAACAAAAAACUGACUCAACAUCCGAAGGUUAUUAUGACACCGCAUCUUGGUGCCAGCACCGAGGAAGCGCAAAUUAGAGUUGCCGAAGAAAUUGCCCAGCAGUUUGUAGAUGCAACCAAUGGCAAGAGUCUUUUUGGUCAUAUAAAUGCCCAGGCUCUGAGCAAUGCUUUGCAACCUCAGACACUGCCUCUUGUCAGUCUUGGUAAAGCUUUAGGCUUGUUGGCAACAUCCAUCGCUGGACCUUUGAAAACAGAUACAAAGGUGCAGGUUAUAACAUAUGGUGACAGCCUAAAAGAUGCUGGAAAGUAUUUGUCAGCAGCAGUAUUAGCAGGGAUUUUGCAGACCCAGUCUUCCGCCAAUGUAAACCUAGUUAAUGCUCCUGUACUUGCUAAGGAGGGUGGCCUUCAGACUGCUACUGAGCAUGUUGAGAAAGCCCCAUCCAACCUCUCAAGUGCUGUGUCAGUUGUCGCAACCGUGGGUGGUGUAAGUUGUAAACUGAGUGGCACCAUUAUGGGAUGUACCCCAGUGCUGUGUGAGGUAGAUGGAGCUACAUUCCAAGGCCCAGCAGUGCUUGCAGGACACUUGCUCUUAUACAAGACCCAAGGGGCUGCUGCAGAAGUACUUGCAUCAUUUUCAGGAGCAGGAGCCAAUCAAAUCUUGUCAUUUACAUCAACCUGUGGGGGCGGAGAGGGGUCAUGGGGUUAUUUGCAACUUGUUUCUCCAUUGCCAAAUCCUGAAAGCCUUAACGGACGUGCUACUUCUAUAACGCAACUCUCAUGUUAAGAAAGCUCUAUGAAUGUAAAUGUUAUGAACAGAUGAAAAAAUACAAAAGAGCAAAAAGAACACAUGGAACAUCAUGUCUAAAACUGAAGUGUGUGAAAUAUCAAUUGACCAACUGCCAUGGAAACAAAGCAAAGUUUUUAAAUACAUUUUUGAUACCUGCUUUUAUCUUUAAUUCAUAAAUUUAGCACAUGGGCCAAUAGUGCACAUAUUAUCACUGUGCUGUGUAUAUAUGGGACAAUCACUUACACUGACAAAUACAUACACAUAAUAGAAAGUGAACGUCUUCAUACUUAAUUACCGUAAUUUUAAACUAUCUUAAAGGCCUGUUUAACGAUAACGAUAAAAAAGCUAGAAAGCAAUUGUUCAUAUAGAAAAUAAAAGAAAUAAGAGAUAAUUCAUUUGUAAUAAUUGGAAAAACUUGCAAUAUUGAUUUGAUAAUUAUUGUAUUUUAUUCUGGUCUUUAUAAGUGUCUUUGUUCUUAGAUGAUUUAUAUAUGGAUUAAUUAUUUCUCUUAAUUUCGAUUUAGUUUCUGUAUUGUUUUAAUAAUUAUAAGCACCUUUAAGCAUAUCUUUCAUGCUGUAAAUAAACAAAAAGAGAAAUAAACAAACAAAAAAUGCUUAACAUGAUGUGAGCUUCUUCAUUAGAUGCUAAACCACCAGUGGAGGUGUAACUCUAUACCAAAGUUACUAUCAUGUGCUUGAUUAAGUGCUGUACGAUAAUUAACGCUUAAUACAGUAAUUUUAUAUGCUGUACAAAUUAUUAAAAAAUAAAUCAUUUGAUAAAUGGAAUAUAUCAUUUUACAGUAUAUCAUAAAAUGCAUGUUUAUCAUGUUGUCUUAUGCCUUGCCAUUUAUUUAGUGAGAGCAGUCUUAAAUAAAUAGAAACAUAAUUGUUCAGAUUUAUAA